AUGUCGGCCUACACAACGAACGGCGGCGGCCAAGAAACCGAAAAGAUCAACACCAACAUUGUUACGCUGACUCGCUUCCUCACCGAAGAGCAAGCCAAACAUAAGGAAGCCACCGGAGAUUUCACACUUCUAUGCCAUGCCCUGCAGUUUUCCUUCAAGUCGAUUGCCUACUACAUCCGUCGAGCUACCCUAGUUAACCUGACUGGUCUGGCCGGUUCUUCCAACACCACUGGUGACGAUCAAAAGAAGCUUGAUGUCAUCUCAAACGAUCUCUUCAUUGAGGCGAUGAGAUCGUCCGGCAAGUGCGCUCUACUGGUCUCAGAGGAGGAGGAGGACGUUAUCUUCUUCAACGACAGUACGGGCGCCCGUUAUGCCGUCGCAUGCGAUCCCAUCGACGGCUCCUCCAACCUGGAUGCCGGUGUGUCCGUUGGCACCAUUUUUGGUAUCCACAAAUUACAAGAGGGUUCAACUGGCACCAAGGAAGACAUCCUGAAGCCUGGCACUGAGCUCCUGGCUGCCGGCUUCACCAUGUACGGCGCGUCGGCUCAACUCGUCAUUACUAUGAGGGGCGGCACCGUGAAUGGUUUCACGCUCGACAACGGUGUCGGCGAAUUCAUCCUUACCCAUCCCGACAUGAGACUGCCCAAGUCCCGCGCCAUUUACUCGGUGAAUGAGGGUAACUCCCUAUACUGGGAGGAUGGCACAAACAACUACUUCAACUCAUUGAAGACACCCCAAGAAAACGGUAAACCGUACAGCGCUCGGUACAUCGGCUCUAUGGUGGCUGAUGCCUACCGUACUCUGCUCUACGGAGGCGUAUUUGCUUACCCGGCCGACAAGAAGAGCCCUAAAGGCAAACUUCGUAUUCUUUACGAAUGCGCACCAAUGGCAUUGGUAUUUGAGAAUGCCGGUGGUCAAGCGGUCGACAGCAAGAUGAGGAGAAUGCUCGAGGUCGUGCCCGAACACAUUCAUGACCGAGCCGGUAUCUUCAUGGGCAGCUUUGAUGAGGUUGAGAAGGUGAAGAAGUUCCACCAGUAA